CCCAAAAUGAAGAGAGCGUCCAAACAAGCCCUUGGCUCACCUGCAGUGAUGGGCGAGUUGUCGUGCGAUAAAUAUGCCGCACAGCUGUCAGGCGAGUCUCACGUUAUCACGUCUGGUAAUUGGACCCACUCGGCAACCACACUCGGCCUUUCGCUGCUUCGUCGGCAAUGUUGUAAUUCUGUGCUCUUAAUUACCCUUCUCGAUCAGCAAUUCAGAGGAAGAACGAUAUAACACACUAGGUCCAGCUCUCACUUCAAAAUUCCUAUUCUUAGUCUUCCUUACCUUGUCUCGGCUGCAAUCAUGCUCAGGCCAAAGUCGACAGCGACCCGGGAAGUUGUGUCCUUGGACGGACUGUGGGACUUCGAAGUCCUGGCACAGACACCAGACCAUGGUGAACAGUGGACCAGCCCUGUUCGAUCUAUGAUGCAGGCACCAGUUCCGGCAAGCUACAACGACGUCUUUCUUGACAAUCAAAUUCGCAAUCACAUCGGCUGGGUGAGAUAUCAAAGGAGACCACGAGUACCACAGGGAUGGUCCGACCGAAGAUAUUUCAUUCGAUGCGACGCUGCCACACAUCGUGGGAAGGUUUUCAUCAAUGGAACGUCCACAAUCGAUCACCACGGCGGCUACACACCUUUCGAUGUGGAGAUCACUGAAUUGGUUGCCGCAGGAGAGGAGUUCCAACUCACGAUCGCUGUCAGCAAUGAGCUGACUAAUGAGACCAUCCCGCCUGGGAAGAUCAACACUACCACGGGCGGGAGAAGGACCCAGACCUACCUGCACGACUUCUUCAACUAUUCCGGGCUUGCACGAUCUGUCUGGUUGUACUCAGUCCCGAAGCGAUACAUAUUAGAUGUAGCAAUUGCGACCGACAUUGACUGGGACACUAACACUGGCCUAAUCCAAUGUACUGUUCUGACAGAUACCGGCUGUGGCAAUGACAACAUUGAAGCAAAAAUCAUAGUCAAAGACGAAGACGGAAGAGCAGUUGCAGAAGUCAUGGGUCUCAAAAGCCAGAUAAGGAUACCUUCUGUCCAUCUUUGGCAGCCCGGGGCACCAUACCUCUACACUGUUGUGGUCGUAUUAAACCAUGCUGACGACAGUACGCUCCUUGAUACAUACAGUAUACUCACUGGAGUUCGGACGGUUGAAGUCAACAAUGCCGAGUUCCUUAUCAACAAGAUGCCCUUCUACUUUACCGGAUUUGGAAAGCACGAGGACACCGCCAUUCGUGGCAAAGGCCACGAUCCGGCAUACAUGGUGCACGAUUUCGAGCUUAUGAAGUGGAUAGGCGCGAACUCUUUUCGGACCAGCCACUACCCUUACGCUGAAGAAGUCUUGGACUAUGCAGAUCGCAACGGCAUUGUAAUCAUUGACGAAACUGCUGCUGUUGGCUUGAAUCUCGGCAUCACCUCUGAUAAAAACCACCCUUGCGUCGUUAUGUGGUCAAUAAGCAACGAGCCAGCGUCUCAUGAGGAGGGCGCUCGCGAGUACUUCGACCCUUUGGUCAAACUCACACGUUCGCUAGACGGCCGUCCAGUGUGUUUCGCUAACUUCGGCCUCGCCACAGCAGCAAAAGAUCGGAUCUCAGACCUUUUCGAUGUCCUCUGCCUGAACCGGUACUAUGGCUGGUACGAGUCCUGCGGAGACCUGGAGUUGGCAGAGGCCGAGCUUGAAGCAGAUUUGUUGACGUGGCAGAACAAGUACCCCGAGAAGCCCAUCAUCAUGACUGAGUACGGAGCAGACACCAUUGUUGGUCUGCAUUCUGCAGGCGUCACACCCUGGAGCGAAGAGUUCCAAACAGACGUGUAUGAUCUGUACCAUCGAGUCUUCGACCGCGUCAAAAACGUGGUUGGGGAGCAGGCAUGGUCCUUCUCAGACUUUCAGACAAGUCAGCAUGUAUUCCGGGUCGAUGGCAACAAGAAAGGCAUUUUCACCCGCGAUCGACGGCCUAAGAGUGCUGCGCAGACAUUGAGAAGAAGAUGGCGGUUCGAAGGCAGAGGACUGUUUCAGUCUACAAGGAUGAUUCCGCUUAGCAAGGAGACAUAG